CGUACUUAAAAUUAUAACGCUUAAUUUCUACGUUAUGUACAUAGCUACUACUUUAUUUUCAUACAAGUAACUUGAUCAAUAUGAGGACGAAAAAUCCUAUGGCCAAAAAACCACAACAAAUAUUAUUUUCAAAAAAUACUUAUUCUCCACAUGUGAAAGUAGAAAAUUGGGAUUAUUCAAUUCAUGCCGAAAAAAAAGAUAAUAACGUCUAUCGUGAUAAUUUGAGUAAUCACAUAAGCACUUAUGUUCGAUGGGGAAAUGAAGACCAAGGGGUGCGAAUGACUGAAACUCGUCAUAUGCUCGCACAAGUGUUUACCAAAACAGACCCAAUCUAUAAUUUCAAGCCCCUAGUUAAUUUUACCUCCUAUCCAUGUACCGAUACGCCGGGACGUAACAAGUUAAUGAGAAAUGCUGACUUAGCGCCACUUCCUGCUGAUUUUGGUAUAAUGGAUUACGUGACGACCCAACAAGAUGAUUACCGAAAUCCUUUUCCAUCAGUUAUGAAACCGCUAACUAUGUCUUCACCAGAAUGGUUAUUGAAUCGCGUCAUUAGGUCGGAUUUAACGCAUAAUCAUGGAACGGCGCCGCCGCGGGGAGAUUACCAAUGUCUUGAUACGCAUACUCCUAUUGGUCACAUCCGCGAGAUGCGAUUGUUCCGUUACCAGUCCUUUAACCCUGCCACUUGUCUACAGGACUUCCCGAUGGUAGAUAAAAUAUUGAACAAGAAGUAAAAACAU